GUCAUAAGUCAUCUCACACAAAUAAUUGUUAUGACGUUAUUCUCAGUUAAUUUUCAAUAGUAUUGUGAAAUAUAAAUCAUCAUUAAUCAUUGUAAAUAGUCACUUCUAUAUAUCAGCAUGUGGAAAGGGCUCAGGUUAACCCACACUCAGUUAUCAAAAUUGCAGUUCAGUGGCCAUAAAAUUCAACCAGUCAGCGUUGCGGCACUAGAUUCCGUUCUGAACCAGUGGUACAGAUUUUGUCAGAAACCACCUAAGGGCUUUGAAAAAUAUUUCCAACCUGGAACAAGUCAAAAGCAGCAGAAAAAGCCGGACAAAGAUGACAGCCCAGCGCCGUCAAAAAGCUCACCCCCGCCAUCCAGACCAAGUUCCUCCAGAGAUGACAAAUGGAAUAUGAACAUGUUUUCAAACACAGGCCCUGGUAGUGGUGGCGGUCGCGGCUCCUACGAAGGUGGCGACAGGGAAAAAUGGAUGAUGUUUGGUGCAAUGGGUGUCGUAACCUUACUCGCCUCGAUAGCCUACUUCGAACUUAGAUAUAGAGAAAUAAGUUGGAGAGAUUUCGUUAAUCAGUACCUCAAUAAAGGACUUGUGGAAAAGCUUGAAGUGAUUAAUAAGAAAUGGGUGAGAGUGAAGUUACAACCAGGAUCAGCACUAGAGAACAAGGUUAUCUGGUUUGCUAUUGGCAGUGUGGAUUCCUUUGAGAGAAACUUAGAAAACGCACAAAUUGAAAUGAAUGUUGAUCCACCGAAUUUUAUUUCUGUUAUUUAUAAAACCGAAGUGGAAGCAUCUAGUUUAACUGGCAUGUUACCUACUUUGCUCAUAAUUGGGUUCUUAAUUUACAUGAUGCGCCGCUCGGCCGACAUGAUGGGCCGUGGAGGCCGCAAAGGUGGUGGCCUCUUUGGAGGAGUGAUGGAAUCAACUGCGAAACUAAUAAAUCCAACUGACAUUGGUGUAAAAUUCCAAGAUGUUGCUGGCUGUGAAGAAGCCAAGAUUGAGAUAAUGGAGUUUGUCAAUUUUCUCAAGAACCCUCAGCAGUACCUAGAUUUGGGAGCCAAGAUACCCAAAGGUGCUCUGCUCACUGGGCCCCCAGGCACUGGCAAAACUCUGCUGGCUAAAGCAACUGCAGGGGAAGCAAAUGUCCCAUUCCUCACAGUGUCUGGAUCUGAGUUCCUGGAGAUGUUUGUUGGUGUUGGUCCUUCCAGAGUUAGAGACAUGUUUGCAAUGGCUCGUAAACAUGCCCCUUGCAUUUUAUUCAUUGAUGAAAUUGAUGCAGUCGGUAGAAAGAGGGGUGGACGCAGCUUUGGAGGCCAUUCAGAACAGGAGAACACUCUUAACCAACUGCUAGUAGAAAUGGAUGGCUUCAACACUACCACUAAUGUUGUUGUUCUAGCAGCCACUAACAGGGUUGACAUCCUUGAUAAAGCCUUGUUGCGACCAGGGAGAUUUGACAGACAAAUAUUUGUACCAGCACCAGAUAUUAAGGGCAGAGCUUCCAUUUUCAAAGUACAUCUCCAACCAUUAAAGACUACCAUAAAUAAGGAGAACCUAGCACGAAAAAUGGCUGCAUUAACUCCAGGUUUCACUGGUGCAGACAUAGCCAAUGUGUGCAAUGAGGCUGCCCUGAUUGCUGCCAGGGAGCUGGCGCACAACAUCACCCUGAAGAACUUUGAACAAGCUAUUGAGAGGGUUGUGGCUGGUAUGGAAAAGAAAUCGAAUGUACUACAGCCGGAAGAAAGAAAGAUAGUUGCAUACCAUGAGGCAGGACAUGCUGUUGCCGGCUGGUUCUUGCAGCAUGCAGACCCUUUGCUUAAGGUCUCUAUCAUUCCAAGGGGAAAGGGUCUCGGAUAUGCCCAGUAUUUGCCAAAAGAACAAUACCUUUACAGCAAGGAACAACUGUUUGAUAGAAUGUGCAUGACUCUUGGUGGAAGAGUUAGUGAAGAGCUGUUCUUUGGUAGAAUCACCACAGGAGCACAAGAUGACUUAAAAAAGAUAACUCAGAGUGCCUAUGCCCAAAUAGUUCACUAUGGCAUGAACCCUAAAGUUGGUAAUGUAUCAUUUGAAAUGCCACAGCCAGGUGAAAUGGUCAUAGAUAAGCCCUAUUCAGAGAAAACAGCUGAACUCAUUGAUGGUGAAGUCAGAGUAUUAAUUGAUUCAGCACAUAAGCACACAACAACCUUAUUGACUCAGCAUAAGGAGAACAUCAUAAAAGUUGCAGAAAGGUUGUUAAAGCAAGAGAUUUUGAGUAGAGAUGAUAUGAUUGAGUUACUGGGACCCAGACCUUUCCCAGAAAAGAGCACCUACGAGGAGUUUGUCGAAGGCACAGGGUCUUUAGACGAGGACACCACAUUGCCAGAGGGACUUAAAGAUUGGAACAAAGACAAACCAACUGUACCAGCCCCAGAAAGUAUAAAAGAAUCCAAAACGAGUACUAGUACUGCUGCCACUAGUCCAAGUAAAAACUAGAGUGUGUUUAUUGAUUAUAGUAGAUUGUUGAGUUGUUAGUCAGUUUUAUGUGAAAUAAAUAUUUUAACUACCUUUAA